AUUUUUGAAAGUUAAUAAUCAGAUGGACAAAUGAUUUACCUUUUAAAAUAGAUUCAUUAUUCUUGAAAUAUUAAAAUCUUUCUUGUGAUUAUCUUGUUAAAAAUCUUAUCUUUAGCCUUUCAAGUUUCAACCAAGUUGCUUAAAUUUUUUCAUAAAGUUUUCUUAUAUGGAGGAUUGCUCCCUUCCUCAGGACUCAUUGUUCCUAGGUUUUGAUUGUUCCACUCAGUCACUGAAGGCAACUGUGUUAGAUGCUUAUCUUAACAUAAUUAUAUCAGAACUUGUGAACUAUGAUUCUGAGUUGCCUCACUACAAUACCAAAGGUGGAGUCUUUAGAGACCAAUUUGUUAAUGGUAGAAUUGUAUCACCAACAUUGAUGUGGGUGGAAGCAUUAGACCUAAUUCUCCACAGACUUGAAAUGUCAAAUUUGAACUUUGGAAAAAUUGCUGCUGUUUCUGGUAGUGCUCAGCAACAUGGUAGUGUUUAUUGGAAGAAUGGGAGUUUUGGAAUACUAUCAUCAUUGGAUCCUAAAAAACCACUUGUGGAUCAGUUACUUGAUGCUUUUUCAAUCGAAAAAUCGCCCAUAUGGAUGGACUGCAGCACAACAGAACAAUGCAAAGCUAUUGAGAUAGCUGUAGGUGGUGGUUUGGAGCUGGCCAAACUUACUGGUUCUCGUGCACAUGAAAGAUAUGUCGGUCCUCAAAUUCGAAAGAUUUUUGAAACUCAGCCUGAAAUUUAUCAGAAUACAGAGAGGGUAUCCUUAGUUAGUUCUUUUAUGGCGUCUUUACUAAUUGGGGACUAUGCUUGCAUUGAUCAAACUGAUGGAGCAGGAAUGAAUCUCAUGGACAUUGAGCACAGAACUUGGUCCAAGAUAGCUCUGGAGGCUACUGCACCUAGUUUAGAGGAGAAACUUGGGAAGUUAGCUCCUGCUUAUGCUGUUGCUGGUUCUAUUGCUUCCUAUUAUGUUGAGAGGUACCACUUCAACAAAAAUUGUGUUGUCGUUCAAUGGUCUGGAGACAACCCCAACAGCUUAGCAGGGUUGAACCUUAACACUUGUGGAGAUCUGGCAAUCAGUCUUGGCACAAGUGAUACUGUCUUCGGGAUUACCACUGACCAUAAACCUAGCUUAGAUGGCCAUGUAUUUCCUAAUCCAGUAGAUACCAAAAGCUUCAUGGUAAUGUUGGUCUACAAGAAUGGGUCUUUGACUCGUGAAGAUAUACGUGAUCGUUAUGCAGAUGGAUCUUGGGAGGUUUUCAAUAUGUUUUUACAGCAAACACCACCUUUGAAUGGUGGAAAGAUUGGCUUUUAUUACAAAGAGCAUGAAAUACUUCCUCCUCUUCCAGUUGGUUUCCACCGCUACGUUCUUGAUAAUUUCACAGGUGACUCCAUGGAUGGAGUAAUAGAACAUGAAGUAGAAGAGUUUGAUCCGCCUUCAGAGGUUCGAGCGAUAAUUGAGGGGCAGUUACUCUCCAUGCGAGCUCAUGCCGAGAGACUUGGAAUGCCUUCUCCACCCAAAAAGAUUAUUGCAACUGGAGGAGCAUCUGCAAAUGAUCAUAUCCUGACAAUUAUUGCUUCUAUUUUUGGGUGCAACGUCUAUACUGUUCAAAAACCAGAUUCAGCUUCCCUCGGUGCUGCCUUGAGAGCCGCUCAUGGUUGGUUGUGCAACCAGAAGGGAAAAUUUGUACCCAUCUCUGAUAUGUAUAUAAGGAAAUUGGAGGAGACAUCCCUAAGUUGCAAGCUUGCGGUGCCUGCUGCAGAUCAAGACCUUGUUGACAAGUAUACAUUGUUGAUGAAGAAGAGAUUGGAAAUUGAAAAUCGUCUUAUCCAAAGAUUGGGACGUUAGUAAAUUUCCACUCAGGUCAUGUACUCAUACACGUUUAACAUGUUUAUAGUAUAGGACUUCAGAGUUACCAUAGUUUUUUUUUAAAAAACCGAGAAAAGGUCAUAUUUACCCUCUUACUUUGAGAAAUGGCUUAUAUAUACUCUUUGUUUGAGUUUUCACAUUUAAAUCCAUGUUCCCUCAUAACAUCUUUAUAUGUGUUGUAUUCUUGCUAGCAAGAGUUGAAUAGGUCACUGUAUUCAGGAUGCAUCAAUGUUCCGUCAUAACUUCUGUCGCAUCUGGUGGACAGUUAGACUCCUCAGGCCAAGGUAGCAUCUUUUCCCUCCCUACACAAAUUCGAUAGAAACUUAAAGCUGCAGCCUAUAAGCCUCAUAUGACAUGUUGAACUAUUGUGGUUCGUGAUCAAUGCUGAGCAGUUAAUAAGCUCUUCUAAACAUGCAACUGCUGUGCCUAUAGCUGGGAUAAAUGUCAGCCCAAGUGAAGAAUCCAAGACCCAUUUGGGGAUCAUUAAUACAUCUAGCAUCUAGUUUAGCCUUGACUAACUGUGUUUAGAGCCUUUUCCAUACCAGACCAAUUUUAUUUUCCAGCAAAUGAGUUGAGAAUUCUCCGGCUGCAAGUCCUGCAAUAUUUUGUUGUGUUUCAAUCUGAAUAUCGGCAUCUACUGAACCUCAAAAGGAAGUAAUGGAGAAAAUGUAACAUUGUCUAAAGAAAUAUAGAAAGAGAAAAAAAGAAAACGCAACGCAGUUUUCAUCAAACAAGCACGUUUAACUUUUCAUAGCAGAUGAAUUCAUGUCAGCAAACAAGACACCAUUAAAAUACAAAAUA